AUAAGGUUUGAUUAGGAACAUACUGGUCAGGGUAUGUUCAUGAAUUCUCACAUAUACUCUAUAGAUAAUCUGUUAAACAUCUACAGACAGAGCAAAACAGUUUCAAUGUUCAAAUACAAUAAAACAGUUGGUGAACUAUGUAUUGUUACCCAGUUGUGUGUGCUGAACAACAAUUUAUCCAUCCACCACAAUCAUCUGUGCAGUGUCUUAGUUCUACCAUGUUAAGUAGUGAGCUUCAGAGGUUUCGGGAGGUAUAUUUUUUGGUUCUUGGAAAGGGCCAGCCUAGCUGUUUAGCCCUGCUUCCAGUAUUUAUUCUAAACUAAGUUAAUCCAAUGAGUCCUCUAAAUUUAAAGGAGAAUGCCACCGAUUUUACACAUCAAAGUGAGUUUACAAGUGUCGGGCAUGUGUGAAAAAUGAAGCCUUUUGCGGCUCCAUAGGGAGCUGUGUGAAGUCUAAAAAAUGUCGUGAUGUCACUUGAGUCAGCAUCUGUGAAAACUAAAAGUUUGAAAGUCUGGGACUGUGGGGUUACAAAGAACUGACCGCACCAGACCACUGAAGUCUACUGCUCAUCUCUGCUGCAAGUAGAGAUAUAUUAGCUGCCACAAAGUGGUUGAGCAGUUGAGAUGCAUUGUUAGUAAUGUAGGCACCAGGUUUUUCUCAAGAAGAAGAAUGUGUAGAAUAAAAAAGAUGAUCUUUCUCUGCAUCAUAUUUUUAUCUGUAUACCAUGAGCUCAAAAAAGCUGUUGAAGUAUGAUGCUUAAUCUUUUAAAACACAGAUAUGAGAUUGAUAUUGACAGUUUGCAUAAAGCCUAUUACUUAAAAAGUUAGAGAUCAUGUCCUCUUUAUUUUGUGAUACUGAGAAUUUUAGGUAUCUUUUCUACACUGGCGGAUAUGCAAUAGACUCAUCCCAGUAUUAUUUUAAUGUAUUAUUUUGGAAUUUAUUAUUUAAUUUGGAGAUUCCCUUACUGAUGUAAAGCAUGUAUCUCCAAAUAUACUUAUUUCAAAAUUUCCAGAUAUAUUUAAGUAUCAAAUAUUCCUUGGAGUGAGAAAAUUGUACUCUGUAGGCUUAUUUAACAAUUUAUAAAUCCACCUUUAAAAAUGCUGUCCAAUUGUCUUCUUUCACUGAAAAUAAUAAUAAAAAUGGUCAAAAUGAAAACAAAUUCAAAAUGUAUUUUUCGAUAUGUGUUCAUAUUUUUAUAAGGGAGGUGGAGAAAUCUUUUCAUUCACAGGUGUGCACUGGGUCUGUUAAAGUGCUUAAAAUUGACUAAAUGUGUUUCUCCUCAUGAAAAGGAUUCAAAUAGAGUUGUAUCGCCUUUUGUGGCAGCUUAGUUAAGACUUUAGUGUACUUGUACUACUAUAAUCCCAUAAUAUAGACACUGAAGGGCAUGAACGUGCCUUUUAAUGUGAUAUAUAGUGUGAUUAUUAUUAUUAUUAUGUUUAAUGUUUUCACUCUAAAAAUUAAUAUUGGGUUUCUUUGUAUUUAUGAAAUCAAAACAACAACAACUCAAAACAGAAAUCAUCUGUUUUGAGUUGACGGGCACGCGGCAGAGAAAGGGUUAAGAGUCACGUGGUAGCGGGUGGUAUUAUCAGCCUUGGGCUGUAAAAAAAAAAAAGAAAAGAAAAGAAAAAAAGUGUGUAUGUGGAGGAGAAAAAAACUUAGGAGAACAAAGAAAUCAGAGUCUAUUUAAAGAGAAGUCGUCCCAGAUCCUGCAGCCGUGUGACUCCCGGCACUGCGCACCGCACACAGCUGCGCAAAAAACCAGCCUGCCUGUGCACCACCACGGCUCCUGACGGCGCUGAGGAUGCGGACUUUUCUGCUCGUGUGCUGCUGCGUCUUUGCGCUGCAGUGCCUCCAAAGCUCACUUUGCCUUCCAGUGAGGGGAUCCAGCAGGUACAAAGUGGCACCGGUUUCUGAGAAGUUUCCCGACCUGAAGAAGAGGGGAAAGAUUUCUCAUGCUCAGGAUUUAGUUAAAGAGACAAGUUUGAUGACCAACACCUCUAACACGUGGAACCGACCCCGCUGUGGUGUGCCGGACUAUCCCGUCCAGAAGGAGGUGCAUUAUCAGGGGCGACACCGCCAGAGACGCUUCGUCCUGCAGGGAGGACGUUUAGAUAGGACAGACCUUACCUACAGGAUCAUCCGGUUUCCCUGGCAGAUGGGCAAAGAAGAGGUUCGACGUGUCUUUCGGGAAGCGCUGAAAAUCUGGAGUGAUGUCACCCCGCUCACAUUUACUGAGAUCCACAGUGGGAAGUCCGACAUCCGUAUUGACUUCACAAGGUACUGGCACGGAGACAACCUACCCUUCGAUGGCCCAGGUGGGAUUCUCGCUCAUGCCUUCUUCCCUAAAACACAGCAACAGGGUGACAUUCACUUUGACUACGAUGAAUCAUGGACCCUUGGGAAUUACAUGGGCACAGACCUUCUCCAGGUUGCUGCCCAUGAGUUUGGGCACGUCCUGGGCCUGGGGCACUCCCAUGAGCCGGGAGCCAUCAUGUCCGCAUACUACUCCUUCUCCUACCCACUGAGGAUGAGCGAAGAUGACAAGAAAGGCAUCCAGUAUCUGUACGGCGCUCACCCAGAAGUCCUGCCCUCACCGCCACCCCCGCCUCCACCUCCACCUCCAUCAAACACAGAGACCAAUGACAUUAUUGUUAAUCCUGACGCCUGCCAGACAGACUUUGAUGCUGUGUCUAUGAUCCGAGGGGAGCUGUUCUUCUUUAAGUCAAGCUACGUUUGGCGGAUCAGGGACGGGCAUCUGGAGAGCGGUUACCCAGCGCUGUCGUCCCGUCACUGGAGGGGGAUUCCCGACUUCAUCGACGCCGCCUUUGAAGACAAGUCAGGAAAUAUUUGGUUCUUUCAAGGUGAGAACUACUGGGUGUUUGAUGCCGAGAGAAAGAUCAGAGGGCCAGAGUCCAUCAGGAGUUUGGGUCUGUCAGUGUCCGGGAUCCAAGCGGCCCUGCGCUGGGGCCAUGACCCAAACUACAACAUUUACUUCUUCAAGUCAGGCAACUACUGGAGGUUCAGCCCACGUGAGAACCGAGUUGAAUCUGUCUACCCACGGAGUAUGCAGGACUGGAGCGGCAUCCCACAUGAUGUGGAUGCCACAUUUAGGGACAUCUACGGCUACGCUCACUUUAUCCGAGGACGACAGUACUGGAAAUUCGAUCCUGUUGGCAUGAACUCUUUGGAAGGCUACCCCCGCUAUGUUGGCAAGGAUUUUUUCGGCUGUAGAAACGUGUGAGUCUUUAACUGUAGAGAAUCAGAUUAACAGAUUUGUUUUGACUAUGAUGAGGAGUUUUUGGAACAGAGACCUUUGUAUGUUCAAGGGGACGACCUUUUUUAAAUCUGGUUAUGCUUUACUCCAUUUAUUAAUACUCAGAUAAAUUACACCUUCUUCUCAGGAAAACCAAGGUAUGUUUCCUCAGACUUGGCACCUCCUGUGCAGCUAUUUGCUUAUAUUUAUUUUGCACAUUUGUCACCAUAUAGCUGAGAUCUGGGCCCUGUUAUUAAUGAUGUAUGAUGCUGAUGUGAACUGUUCCAAUCUCCUGUCUUCGAGCCUGAAAUUGAGAUUUUCACUCCACUCUGUGUAGUGGGUAUUUCCCAUUUAAGCUGUUUUCUUUUUUGCAUCAUGGAUGGACUUGCUGAUCAUCAAGUGUUUGAAGAGUGACAUCAAACCUGAGGCUGCAGAAGUUAGAUUUGUUCGUUAGCUGCUGUAGAUAACAGCGAGACUUAACUUUUAUGAUACUGUAACUCUAAAGCCGUAACUCAAUCAACGUGAUGUCUGUAAAGAACAUUUUCAGCUACAGUUAUGUAAGGACAUGAUCAUACAUGCAGUUGAUUUUCCUGCCCACUUGACUCACAGUUUUUUGUUGUUGUUGUUUGAGUUUUGGAAACCUCUCAUAAUGCAUAAAGAUUGUUUGUGACACAGUUGUAACUUUGACCAAGUAUUAACUUAACAUUGUGUGUGUGUUUCUGCCCUUCAUCGGCUGUAUAUCAUCUGCUCAGCCUUCAAAGUAUUUGGGCUCCUAUAAACCUGGAGUAAAUUUCUCGAGGAAAACUCACUUCCAUGCUGUGUAGCGUCUUCAAAAUAGUGUCAAGUUUCCCUCCAAAUGUGGAGCAAAUUUAAACAACCCAUUACUGUUAUGUAAAUCUUCAGGGUUGGUUGCAUCAAGAUAAACAAAUGCAGGUGCCAUUUAACCAUUGCAGAUGAAAGCAGGGCAUUACAUUUAUGUUUUUUUAUGUAUGAAUUUGAGCAAAGUUAAAGUCUCCACGGAUAUUUUUAUCUUCCGCUAUUCUUCAUUUAUUCAGUACUGAGUCACAUGUUAUUCUGUCUGUUUCCAUUAUAUUUUGUUAUAUAUUUAGCUUUUAUCAACCAAAUUUUCCACCUCAACCAAACGGAAAAACCUUUUGCCCGAGAGACGCAUUUCAGGGAAAUAAAAUGGCAAUUAUCCUACCAAGUAGGAGGAUAUUUAUCCAGUGUCUUCUUAGCAUAAAGUUGUUUUGGAUAAUGUUCUAAAUCUACAUACACAGAGUUAGUCAUUGGUGAUGACGUUCUAUCACCACUGUUGAAGAGAAAGUUUGAUGUUUAUUUUUCAUAGUUUGGCAAAUUAAGCCUAUACACCAGUAUUCAGUGAGUGUGGAUAUGGUGUUUCUCUCUGUUGUUGUGAAUUAGGCUGAAAUUAAUGGAGAAUUUAAAUGAAUGAAAUCUUUCCUCUAGUAGCUUUUUAGGUGUUUUCUUCCCCGACAAAACAAAAGAAUGUCUGCAAAGCCUGAAAUCAGGCAUUCAUAUGGGAAGAAAAGGUGACAACUGUAAUCACUGUGUAUCAUGUUUGAUGUCAUUCUUCUGGCACAAUGGUGUGAAGCUCUUAGAUGUUGGUAAUUAUACGUCAGUCUGCAGCUCCGGGGCGCCAUCUAGAGUGAAACAUUGUCAUCCUGAAGGAGAAGUGUGAUAUUUCCUCAGAGAAUAUUCUCAUAUUUUGUGAUUGUCAUUGCUUAUCUACAUUAUGACAUGGUGACCUCGAUUCAGGUUGGUCAGUGUGACACAUUCAGGGACAGCAGCUGUUGUGUGGAACAGCGGUUCUCAACUUGGUUAGUUAGUUACGACCAAAAACAAACUGAGGGCUUCAACUUUGACUCUGUUUUUGCUUCUUAGGCUGUUUUGCUGGAUUACUAGAUGAAACUACUGUUUCACCAGAAUAUAUUACAUUAUCAGCUGGAUGGCUGUGGUGGAAAGUACAUUUAAUCAAGAGGUACUUCUACCUGUAUUUUCUACUCCACUACAUUUCAGAGACAAAUAUUUUUCUUUUACUCCACUAUAUUGGAACACUCAACAGCACACUGAUGAUGAUCGUAUUCACUAUGCACUCUGUCUGGUGUGAAUAUACUUUUAUCACUUUUCCAGUUUAACAACCCUUCAGGUUUAUGAGUGUUCGUCCCCUAAACUUCCUAACUGUAUAUAAAGUAGUUAAAAGUAGCUCCACCUCAGUAGCUGCAACAGUAAAAUGCUGCUUAUGCAUCAGUAUUAACCAUCUAUGUCAUUGUCAUACAAAAUAAUAUAUCUGUCACAGGGGACAUUUUACUGCAGUACUUUUACUUUUGAUACUUUUGCUGAUAAUACUUUUGUACGUGUACUUAAGUUGGAUUUUUCAGUAUUUUUACACUGUUGUAUUUGUAUUUUUACUAAAGUAAAGUACUGAAUACUUCAUCCCCCACUGCUGGAUAAUGCAAGGAUCUCACGGACCUCUUUGUGGGUCAGGACACCUAGGUUGAGACCCACUGAUCUAGCUAAUGUGACAUUUCCUCUGCCGUGUCCCUGGUGGCAGCAUUUGAAAUGUGAAGGCUCUGUGCAAACUGUGUUCAUCGGAUAUUGUUUUUCAGUGCAGGACACUGACAAGUCAUUACAGUUUUCAUCAUUCAGACUUUGUUUCUUUACAGUCAGUUUUUGUUGUUUGGAUCAUUUCUACAACUCAUUUCAAGUGUUAAUCAGUGACUGCUUUGAAAAAGUAUUUAUACACAAACAACUUAGCAAAAUGUUUUUGUACAUACAUGUCUUUGAUAAUUGUUUUUUACUCAUAUUGUAGCCUAUAUCUUGUGCAUUGAAAUGUAUGAAAUGCAUAUUGUUUACUUUCUAAUAAAACCAUAACCGU